CAAAUUAAAACUAGAAAAUAUGAAAAUUGAACAUUUAGAAAUACUAUAAUUUAUUCUUAUUCUUAUUAACUACAGUAAAGAAUAAUGGAUGCAGCGGCAUAGAGAGAGAGAGAGAGAGCUCAGCGCAUUUGGGUGGGUUUUACUACUUGAUUUGUGUGUAAGAUCGCCGAAUGAUUCAUACGAUAACGGAAGAGACGAAUUGGUGAAAGAGAUUUUGCAUUACAUAAGCUGAUCAGCGGUUGUUAGUCCGUAGUCAGUGACAAGCCAAUACCAAUGUCAAGAUUAGCUUUUGUAACAAGACUGGCCAAGCAGUGUAACAGAAUCAAUGUCGAAAGAGCCGAGGCCCUCUCUUCUUGCUACAAUGCCAUGCGAUACUCCACAAUCUCUAGCCAAAAGAAUGAAGAAUCAACAGAGGACACUAGCCAUUCCACGUCUCAGAAUCGGAUCAAAGGCAUGGGGAGUGUGCCCCGUUGCCAAAUAGGAGAGAACGUUCCAAGAAAGGAAAAAAACAGCUUUCUGGUGAGCACACUCAUGGAUCUCCCAGAUAGCAAAGAAGCCGUGUACAGCGCCCUCGAUGCUUGGGUUGCGUGGGAACGGGACUUCCCAAUUGGGGCGCUGAAGAAUGUAUUACGCGCUCUUGAGAAAGAGCAGCAAUGGCACAGGGUAGUUCAGGUUAUCAAGUGGAUGCUAAGCAAGGGACAGGGCACCACCAACGGGACAUACGGCCAGCUGAUUCAUGCCUUGGAUAUGGAUAACCGAGUUGAGGAAGCACAAGAGAUUUGGAAGAAGAAACUCACUUUUGAUCUACAUUCAGUUCCCUGGAAACUGUGCAAGCUUGUGGUCUCGAUGUAUUACAGGAACAAGAUGCUCGAGGAGCUCGUGACACUAUUCAACGGCCUCGAGUCUUUUGACCGUAAGCCCCCAGAGAAAUCGAUAGUGCGGAAAGUGAGCAAUGCAUACGAGCUGCUGGGGUUGCCUGAGGAGAAGGAAAGAGUAAUGGAGAAGUACAAGAAUCUGUUUGUUGAAUCUUCUAGAAAGAAAAUCAGCCGCAGUGGUUCUCCCAAGAAAGCUAGACCAAGCCAAAAAGGGUGAGUUUAGGUCUGAUGCUCACUGUAAUUAGACUAGUUGAUGAUGGUCCACUCUUUGAUGGGGUGAGAAAUUUCCUAAAGAGUGGACAUGAACAUGAUUGAAAUUGCAUUUCAUCAGUUGACUACAAAUAUCA